CUCAGUUUUGGUGGAGACGGGCGCAUGUGGGCGCUUUGCUCGCUGCUGCGGUCCGCGGCCGGACGCACCAUGUCGCAGGGACGCACCAUAUCGCAGGCACCCGCCCGCCGCGAGCGGCCGCGCAAGGACCCGCUGCGGCACCUGCGCACGCGAGAGAAGCGCGGACCGUCGGGGUGCUCCGGCGGCCCAAACACCGUGUACCUGCAGGUGGUGGCAGCGGGUAGCCGGGACUCGGGCGCCGCGCUCUACGUCUUCUCCGAGUUCAACCGGUCAGUCUACGAGCCACGCCCCGUCCCGCUGGGCCCUCAGUGCGGCGCAGCCUCUGAGCAUCGGGGCACCUCCCAGGGCUUCGGCUUCCCUACUUCACACAUGUGGUUCACUGUUGCGGGGGUUCGUGGAGUUAUGGUAUCUCUUCAACUGUGGAGAAGGCAUUCAGAGACUCAUGCAGGAGCACAAGUUAAAGGUUGCUCGCCUGGACAACAUAUUCCUGACACGAAUGCACUGGUCUAAUGUUGGGGGCUUAAGUGGAAUGAUUCUUACUUUAAAGGAAACCGGGCUUCCAAAGUGUGUACUUUCUGGACCUCCACAACUGGAAAAAUACCUCGAAGCAAUCAAAAUAUUUUCUGGUCCAUUGAAAGGAAUAGAACUGGCUGUGCGGCCCCACUCUGCCCCAGAAUACGAGGAUGAAACCAUGACAGUUUACCAGAUCCCCAUACACAGUGAACAGAGGAGGGGAAAGCACCAACCAUGGCAGAGUCCAGAAAGGCCUCUCAGCAGGCUCAGUCCAGAGCGAUCUUCAGACUCCGAGUCAAAUGAAAAUGAGCCACACCUUCCACAUGGUGUUAGCCAGAGAAGAGGGGUCAGGGACUCUUCCCUGGUCGUAGCUUUCAUCUGUAAGCUUCACUUAAAGAGAGGAAACUUCUUGGUGCUCAAAGCAAAGGAGAUGGGCCUCCCAGUUGGGACAGCUGCCAUCGCUCCCAUCAUUGCUGCUGUCAAGGACGGGAAAAGCAUCACUCAUGAAGGAAGAGAGAUUUUGGCUGAAGAGCUGUGUACUCCUCCAGAUCCUGGUGCUGCUUUUGUGGUGGUAGAAUGUCCAGAUGAAAGCUUCAUUCAACCCAUCUGUGAGAAUGCCACCUUUCAGAGGUACCAAGGAAAGGCAGAUGCCCCCGUGGCCUUGGUGGUUCACAUGGCCCCAGAAUCUGUGCUUGUGGACAGCAGGUACCAGCAGUGGAUGGAGAGGUUUGGGCCUGACACCCAGCACUUGGUCCUGAAUGAGAACUGUGCCUCAGUUCACAACCUUCGCAGCCACAAGAUUCAAACCCAGCUCAACCUCAUCCACCCGGACAUCUUCCCCCUGCUCACCAGUUUCCCCUGUAAGAAGGAGGGCCCCACCCUCAGUGUGCCCAUGGUUCAGGGUGAAUGCCUCCUCAAGUACCAGCUCCGUCCCAGGAGGGAGUGGCAGAGGGAUGCCAUUAUUACUUGCAAUCCUGAGGAAUUCAUAAUUGAGGCGCUGCAGCUUCCCAACUUCCAGCAGAGUGUGCAGGAGUACAGGAGGAGUGCGCAGGACGGCCCAGCCCCAGCAGAGAAAAGAAGUCAGUACCCAGAAAUCAUCUUCCUUGGAACAGGGUCUGCCAUCCCGAUGAAGAUUCGAAAUGUCAGUGCCACACUUGUCAACAUAAGCCCCGACACGUCUCUGCUACUGGACUGUGGUGAGGGCACGUUUGGGCAGCUGUGCCGUCAUUACGGAGACCAGGUGGACAGGGUCCUGGGCACCCUGGCUGCUGUGUUUGUGUCCCACCUGCACGCAGAUCACCACACGGGCUUGCUAAAUAUCUUGCUGCAGAGAGAACGAGCCUUGGCAUCUUUGGGAAAGCCCUUUCACCCUUUGCUGGUGGUUGCCCCCAACCAGCUCAAAGCCUGGCUCCAGCAGUACCACAACCAGUGCCAGGAGGUCCUGCACCACAUCAGUAUGAUUCCUGCCAAAUGCCUUCAGGAAGGGGCUGAGAUCUCCAGUCCUGCAGUGGAAAGAUUGAUCAGUUCACUGUUGCGAACAUGUGAUUUGGAAGAGUUUCAGACCUGUCUGGUGCGGCACUGCAAGCAUGCGUUUGGCUGUGCGCUGGUGCACACCUCUGGCUGGAAAGUGGUCUAUUCCGGGGACACCAUGCCCUGCGAGGCUCUGGUCCGGAUGGGGAAAGAUGCCACCCUCCUGAUACAUGAAGCCACCCUGGAAGAUGGUUUGGAAGAGGAAGCAGUGGAAAAGACACACAGCACAACGUCCCAAGCCAUCAGCGUGGGGAUGCGGAUGAACGCGGAGUUCAUUAUGCUGAACCACUUCAGCCAGCGCUAUGCCAAGGUCCCCCUCUUCAGCCCCAACUUCAACGAGAAAGUGGGAGUUGCCUUUGACCACAUGAAGGUCUGCUUUGGAGACUUUGCAACAAUGCCCAAGCUGAUUCCCCCACUGAAAGCCCUGUUUGCUGGCGACAUCGAGGAGAUGGAGGAGCGCAGGGAGAAGCGGGAGCUGCGGCAGGUGCGGGCGGCCCUCCUGUCCAGGGAGCUGGCAGGCGGCCUGGAGGAUGGGGAGCCUCAGCAGAAACGGGCCCACACAGAGGAGCCACAGGCCAAGAAGGUCAGAGCCCAGUGAAGAUCUGGGAGACCCUGAAUUCAGAAGGCUGUGUGUCUUCUGCCCCACGCACGCACCCGUAUCUGCCCUCCUUGCUGGUAGAAGCUGAAGAGCACGGUCCCCCAGGAGGCAGCUCAGGAUAGGUGGUAUGGAGCUGUGCCAAGGCUUGGGCUCCCACAUAAGCACUAGUCUAUAGAUGCCUCUUAGGACUGGUGCCUGGCACAGCCGCGGGACAGGAGGCUGCCACACGGAAGCAAGCAGAUGAACUAAUUUCAUUUCAAGGCAGUUUUUAAAGAAGGCAUGGAAACAGACGGCAGCACCUUUCCUCUAAUCCAGCAAAGUGAUUCCCUGCACACCAGAGACAAGCAGAGUAACAGGAUCAGUGGGUCUAAGUGUCCGAGACUUAACGAAAAUAGUAUUUCAGCUGCAAUAAAGAUUGAGUUUGCAA